UUCUAGGGUACUAAUCCCAGGAAAAAAGUAUAAAUACACGUCAUGUCGAAGGUUACUAUUGUAAUAUACCUAACUCUGAGUCUAUUAGCCCUGGCAAACUGCCAGGGAUCCCUCUUGGAGAUGUCCCAGCAGCUCUGGACGAAGCUUCUGACAGGAGGCUUCUCCAAGGCAGGGAAACUAGACCCGUUAAAGGUCCCAGUGAUCAAGGUGGACCAAUCCGAAGGUAACACCAGCUACAGGAUAAUCCUGAGGAACGUGGAGAUCAUUGGACUGAACGAGUCUACCUUGGACAGCAUCCACAUAGACCGAGGUCGACUGAAGUCGAACCUGAGCGAGUUAGAGGCUGGCUACGUGAGCUACAGCGACCUCAGGGACCUGGACUCGAUCAGAUACAGGUUCCACACGCUGAUCAAGGAACCGAAACAGCAGAACGAGAGCUUCGAGGCUAUAGUCUCUGCUACCAAUCAGGAGAGCAAGCUCGUGGCCAGUCCCAGGGAGCAGGAGAGCCAGUUCGAGAGGAUCAGACAGUACGAUCCCUUCUUGAUGAAGAUACAAGCAGAGAAGAUGAAGGAACCCGUGACCGAUCGUGCUACAAACGAUCGUGAGACCCAACACAAGACUAGUUUCGGGCCUUUCAGCAUGGAGGGUGCGAAAGUCCUUUCGAAAUCGGAGACCAGUCGCAUUAUCGAGAAUAUCAGGUACCCCUCUGACGUCCAGAUGAUCUAUGCCAUGAGUGCCAUGAAUUCUGGACUGGACUCGGGCAACUACCAGCAGAAGGAUGUGUUCGGCAGGCCCAGGCCGGCUUAUUAUGCUAGUCAGAGCAGGGAGGAGAGUAAGCAGGGUCAAAGGAGUGAGAAUUUUGGAAACAGAAGGACGCAGGAGAGUCACGAAGACGCGGAGACCUCUGCGUCUGAGAACGUGGAGAGUACAGCGAAGGCUCACAGCUUCGUUCCUGGGUACACUGGCAGGCAACAGGUGUACCGUGAAGAGUCCAAGCGUGUGGAGAAGCAGCCAGGUUAUAUCGACAUCGUCUACGCGGAUGGACAGAAAAAUGGCGGCGUGAGACGAUUCGGAAACGACAGGAUCGAGUCUAAGGAGGAUGCCAGAGUGUUUGCCGUGAGGGAUUCCGCAAAGGAUAUCGUCGAGAAUAAACGGGUUAUUAGUCGCAACUGUACCGAGGGAGAAUCCUUGACGAAGAGGAACGAUGCAGUUAAGGCUGCAGCUGAGGCCAAGAAGCUGGAUGGCUUGUCCAGAUACGCGAGGAACUAUCAGGAGAAGCAAGGAUACUUCGAGGAAGGGAUGCAGUUGGUCUAUCAUUACGGUGGGAUGGAUGCUAAGGAUCCUGGCCAGGAGAAACUCGCCCAGGGCGCUAGGCACAAGCGUGCUCAUGGAGGAAAUGAUACCGAUGACGACGUGAUGCACGUUGUUAUGAGGAUCAGGGUGCCUCUGCUUCGCGUGAAGUCGGAUUAUCAGCUGAUAGGGAAGGUUGGACAGCAACCGGUGAGAGGAAGUGGACAGUUCAAUGGCAACUUCACUGAGGUGGUUGGUAACUUCACGAUUGAAAUGAAGAAAGCUAGAGGCCAGGACGUCCUAAUCGUUCGUGCAGCAAGGAGCAAAUUAGGUUCCAAAGAGCAGAAGGUCUCCUUUCAGGGAAUGGACGAGCAGGGUCCAGUGAAAUCGGUUAUCGGUCAUGGCUUGAUGGCUGCGGAGGCGGUAGCCGCCAUGUUGGCCGACGACCUGGCUACCAAGGCCCUCAGCGACCAAACGGCGGACGCGAUGAUUUACAGGAUGUACAAAAACCUUCCGGUCAAUUAG